AUGGCUGGCCUGCCGCCCAACUACAACUUCACCAAUCAAUACGACCCGCAGCUUCAGGCUUCAAUAUCGCAGAUGCAGCAGCAUCAACAGCAACAGUUGCAGCAGCAGCAGCAGCAGCAACUUCAGCAGCCGCAAUUCCAACACCAGCAUAUUCAGCUGCAACAUAUCCAGCAGCAGCAAGUUCAGCAGCAGCAGACGUACCAGCAGCAACAGCGCCAGCUGAUACAGCAGCUACAUCAAGAGGCGAGAGAUAGGCGCGAGAGGAUUCGCAGCAGGCCCUUUCCAACCAACGUGACUCAAUCUGUGCGUGACCGCCAGGCUCGCGGCAAGGACGUCUACAGGGGCAGCGAGGACGAGAAGACGGACGAUGAAGGGGAUGAGGAGGAGGAUGAGGAAGAAGAAGAAGAGCAGCGACAGCAACACCGGAGGAGACAAUCCAUGUCGAGAAAAGGCGAUCGUGAUAAUCUCGACGACGUCCUUCUUGAUGAUCUUGAUGAUGGCGAUGACGAAGACACCGACAAUGAAGCUGAUAUCCUGCGCAGUUGCAGAGCAGAGGAUUUUGAGACUCGCCAGCGGAGGGCGUUUGCCGCAUCAGUGUUGGAUCGUCCGGAGCAGCUGAUGAUGUAUGCCCAGAGCACAAACGACGGGGAGAAACAGAGCAUUGCUGGUCAGCGACAUCGCUUCAUGACCAUACUCUGUGGCUACGAUGGGGAUGAGGACUGGUCCAACGUUGGGCACCAUCGGGCGUCGACCAGGGCGGCGCAGGAGAGGAAGGCGAAUAUGCGAAAGACUAUGAACAUUGACCGAAGAACAGCCUAA